GCGAGCGCUCAACGGGGUCCUGCAGGAUCCAAAUGAUGGCACUAUCCCUAUGGUCGUUGGCUGCUUUUGCUUUCAUAGGAAGCCAUGCUCUGCAAGUGGGUUUGGUGGGAACCUGUGGUCAGCAGCCAUGCGUGGCAGCAGUUGAAUCCGCCAGUGUUGCAGUGGAAAUCAAAGGAGCUAUUGCCACGACCAAACUUCAGCAGGUCUUCCGCGGCGUUCUAAACAGCAAGGGAGAAUCGAAGAUGAAAGACACCUACUUUGUGUUUCCCAUCCAUGCUGGAACCAUCGUCACAGGCUUCACUGCGGAAAUCAAUGGCCGUUUUCUGCAGGGCAAAGUCAUGGAGAGGCAUGAAGCACAGCAGGCCUACCAGACGGCCAUCAAAGAAUCGCGCUGCGCUGCUUUGGCUCAGCAUGGCUUCAGCGUGGCUGAAAAUGGGAUGGACCUGUACCGCAUCUCCCUGGGAAACCUUCCCACGCGGCAGCCGGCCUUGGUCAACUUCUCCUUCGUUCAGGAGCUGCCUCUUCAGGAUUCCGACAUGAAGAACCAGGGCUUCCUUCGGCUCCUCCUUCCUGCCUUGGUGGGCGCUCCCAGCCGCUACUCACCAGAUGACCCAUCUGAGAAAUUGCUGCAGGCAGCGACACACCAAGCGCCUUCCGUGAAACUCGCCAUCGCCAUUGAACCCUCAGCGACGGUGUCAUCUCCAUCCCAUGGAGAGCUGCUCAGUACUGAAGGCGGAAAUGCUGCCGAUGUGUCUAAGACCGUGGCUCAAGUCGAGAUGAGGAAGUGGCAGGACAUCUCUAAGGAUUUCGUCCUUCACAUCCAUUUCUCACAGGACAGGAGCCUCUUCAGACCUCGGGCGGUGCUGGAACAACAUCCGAAACUGAAAACUUGGGUGGCAGUGGCCGAACUGGUGCCGCGCUUCUCAUGGGACCUGCUGACCAACGUGGAAAUCAGCAUCUUGGUGGAUCGCAGUGGAUCUAUGCAAGGCCGUAAGGAACUCUUUGCCAGGCAGGCUUUGGAGCACUUUGUUCGAUCCUGCCCUUUCCAAGCGUUGGUGGACAUCAUAGGUUUUGGCAACUCAUAUGAGAAGCUUUUUCCUUCCCCGGUGCAGCUCGAGGGUGAGCAUUUUCACACGGCACUGGCACAUGCCCGGACCUUGGAAGCCAACCUGGGUGGCACAGAGCUGGCUCGACCAUUGGAGUACGUCCUGUCCCGGGAGUUGAAGGAUGGUUUUCAUCGUCGCGUCCUGGUUCUGACUGAUGGUGAGGUUUGGAAUACCGACCAUGUCAUUUCAGUGGCAGAGCGUUGCGGUGCCCGUUGCGAGCUGCACACCUUGGGCCUGGGCUCCGGCGCCUCCACAGCGUUGCUGUUGCGCCUGGCACGGAAGGGCCAUGGCAGCGCCCAGUUCCUGGCAGAUGGAGAAGAAGAAGCGCUGCAGGAGACGGUUGCGAAGGUGCUGUCCGCAGCUUUGCAGCCACCAGUGACGGAGCUCCAAGUCCAUUGGCCAUCCAGUGGGUCGCAACUCCAAGGGGAAGAGACAGAUGCGGCCAUCCACAGCGAUUCUGAUGGAGGAAUCUUUCAAGAGGGCGCUGUGCCGAGCCCGUCGGAAAUCUUGGGACAGAGCAGUUCGGAAGAGAAGCAGAAACAAAAAGAAGAGAUCCGUAUGAAAAACGUGCGCCGCUUUUCGGAACAAGGAGGAUUUCAGCGUUUCGUGCAGGCUGGACGUCUUCCAAGGGUUCGCAGUGGCCAGCGCUGGUCAGCAUAUGCCUUCCUUGGCUUGAUGAAUGACAGUCACCUUCCCGAUGAAAUCAACAUGACUGGCAAGAUGAAUGGUCGUGAAUUUGAUUUGAAACUACCUGUGAUCCGGUCCAAUGGGACUACACUCCACGCGCUGGCUGCUUGGCACAUGAGCGAAACCUUGAGCGUGGAAGGUUCAUGGCCAGAACUGGCAGAUGGACAUGGCAUGGGCUGGGAGGAUUUAGACUGGCAGAUUGUGGCUCUUGGCAUCACAUACGGGAUCUCUACCAGCAAAACUUCCUGGAUUGCGCUGGAUUCCGCCGCCAAGCUUUACGCAGCGGAGGUUACAUCAACUCCAAACCUGUCCCCAUCAACUCAGAUCGCCCACUCCUUCGGCUCCGGCUUGAGCAUGAGGAGUUUUGCCCGCCUGGGGUCCACUCUGAGUGUGUUGGACUUCGCCAGUUUGGGUUCCAGCCUCACUCUUCGGAGCUUCUGCAGAUUGGGCUCCACUAAGUCCGUCCUGGACAUCAGCAGGAUGUUAUAUGGUGCAGCGUCGCAGGCAUCAAAUUUCCAGGACUCGACUUUAACGUUUGCACGGCUGGGCGCCUCGCAGAGCAUCGAUGUUGGCCUUGAUGUUGGGCAGGUUGCAAGUCUGCCAAGUUCAAGCGUUUCAAGUAAGCGCUCAAGUGAGGUGAUGUACAUUUCGCUGAAAAUCUCGAAGAACAUCUCCGUGCCUAUCGCCAUGAUCCACAUGGCAAAUCAAUCACCGGAGACACCAUCCUGUUCCCUUGCGAUACUUCGAAAUAAUGUCACUCCCAUGGGCGCUGUGCUCAAGAACAUCACAGGUGUUGGCAUCGGCUGCUCUUUUCCAGGGCGCUUUGGGUUGGUAGACCUUGCUCCUGCCACGGAUGUUGCGGAUGUCUUGGAAUCCAUCCGCGUGAUGCCAAAUUGCACCUUGCAGUUGGGCGCAAGCCAGCCUCACAUCAGGCUGAAGGAUCUGAACGUGUCGCACCUUCGAAGUCAAUUGGAUCAGACCUUGCAGCUGGAGCCGGAACUGGCCGAGCUGCUGGAGAUGGACGUCAGGAAGUGGGGCUGUCCCCAGAUGAACAGAGAGACCUACUAUGACCUACUGGAUAGCCAGCGGGCAGAUGGUAGCUUCGAUUGGCCAGUGAAAUUCUUACAGCGCUUGGGUCACCAGAGUCAAGAGCCAGCUUCAUGGCCACAGGUGGUGGGUGGGCAAAGGCCGUUGUCCAAGAGCGGUGAUGGUUAAAUCCACCCCUUCAAUAUAG